CCUUUGCUUUUGAUCAUCAUCUUUUGUUAGUGUUUGUGUAUUUAAUGUGCGGCCCAAGAUAAUUUUUCUUCUUCUAGUGUGGCCUGGAGAAGCCAAAAUGUUGGACACCCUGCUGUGGAGGUUUUGAACUACAACUUUCAUACACUCCAGUCAGCACAGAGAAUGGCUGGAAAGGAACUGGCAGGACGGCAGAGAAAACCUUCCGUUUUGACUGUUCCCACCUUGGAUUACGGAGCAAGGAUGGACGGGCAAAGUUCAGCUGACCAAGAAGAAGGAACAGCCCCUGUGGCCAAGGAUGCUGGGAACAGUGGGGAAUUCUGGGAAAGCACAGUGCGGAAGAUCCUUGGUGGGGAGCCGGGCAGCUCGGACGAAUGGCGCCAGCGUUUCCGGCAGUUCCACUAUCAGGAGGCCGAGGGGCCCCGCGAGGUCUGCAGCCGCCUCCACGAACUCUGCCUCCAGUGGCUGAAGCCGGAGCGACGCACCAAGACCCAGAUGCUGGACCUGGUGAUUCUGGAACAGUUCCUGGCUGUCCUUCCCCUGGAGAUAGAAAGCUGGGUCAGAGAGUGUAGGCCCGAGACGAGUUCUGAGGCAGUGGCCCUGGCUGAAGGUUUCCUCCUGAUGCAAGCAGAGGAAAAGGAGCAGGUAAAGAAGAAAUCACCCAAACCAGGCACAGUUGUUUCCCAGGCCCUUGAGAGCGCGCCUUCAGACACCCCGCAGAGGUCGGUCUUCCGGUGGAUUGUGCAGGAAGGCGCUGGAGGAGCUGCCCUGCUGGGAUGUGGAGCAACACUUGGAGAUAAUGGGAAGAUACUGGAGGUUCCUUCAAGGCCAACUUUUCUUUCAGAUGAUGUGGAAACGGCUUCUCAGCAUCUGGAACAGGGGCCAGUGACGUUCGAGGAGGUGGCCGUGUACUUCACCGAGGAGGAGUGGGCUCUCCUGGACCCAGGCCAGAGAGCUCUGCACAUGGAAGUCAUGGAGGAAAAUUAUGGGAAUCUGGCCUCUUUGGGGGAUGUACAGGACAAUGAGAACUAUUGGGAGCCCCCUGUGUUGUCCUCCCAAACCAUCAAGCAGGAAGUGGCCGAAGAGUCAUUUCGGCACCCGUGGGGACCCAAAGAUCACGAAGAAAACCAAACCAAGAAUGGGAGGAAAGAGCCCUUUGCCUGUCCGAGCACCGAAGUCCCGGAAAUCCUCAUCUCCCCAGAAGACUGCCAAGGAAAGAAAAGGGCCAAGUGUCCAGUGUGUGGGAAAAAAUUCCGGUAUCAGUCGGACCUCAGCAGACAUUUCCGGAUCCACACGGGGGAGAAGCCCUACGAAUGCCUUGAGUGUGGGAAGCGCUUCAGCGACAGCGGGACCUUCGCGGCGCACCGGAGGAUCCACACGGGGGAGAAACCGUUCAAGUGCUUGGAGUGCGGGAAGUGCUUCAGCCGCAGCUACCACCGCACCACACACCAAAGGACCCACAGAGGGGAGAAGCCCUACCAGUGCCUGGCGUGUGGGAAGAGCUUCAGCCGGAGCACCACCCUUGCCGUUCAUCAGCGAACCCACUCAGAGGAACGACCCUACGAGAUCAAAGAACUGGGCUGGGGAAACCAAAGCCCCUGGGCCGAUUCCGUGCCGCCGCCAACGUUCAUCUGGCCCCUGCCCACCUCCUCCGCGAUGGAGGCCAUGGCCCCGCUCCUCUCUUCCUGGGCCGCCUCUUCCUCCCCCAACAUUUGUGUGUUUGAGAGCGAGGGAGCUGGCAGGGAGCAAGAGGUGCUUCCCCUGGAUGGGGGAGGGAGCCUGGAAAGAGAGGAGCAGGCCGAGCCUCGGCCGUCGCCGGAUGUCGUCCGUCCGUCAGCAUCUUCCACCCCUCCAGAUGCUGCGGGCCCACUCCUGCCUCCCUGGACUGCCCCGUCCAGCGUGUGUCUGUAUGAGCAAGAGAAAGAGGGAGUUUGCAGAGAAGGGGAGAAGGAGACACGGCUGUCUCAUGACCACUCAGCUCCUCCAACGACACUGACGAAAAGGAAAGUGGAUGCCGAACGCCGUGUUUUCAACAAGAGCUGGACAACGCAUUAUUUUUUUGUGGAGCUGCGAAAUAAGCCCGUGUGCCUGAUCUGUGGGAAGGCCUUGGCUUGCAUGAAGAAAGUGAACCUGGAGAGACACUAUAACACGAUGCACAGCCAGUACGAGGAACUGCAAGGGCAGCAGCGCGAGGAGAAAAUCAGCGCUCUGAAAAAGGAGCUGAACGCACGGCAAGGGACUCCCCCAAGCUCGAGAAAGGAAAGUGUCUCUCAGGGCAGCUGCGCGGACAGCGUCGUGCAGGCCAGCUAUGCGGUGAGCGAGCUGAUCACCAAAAAGCUCCGGCCGCACUCGGAGGGCGAGUUUGUGAAGGAGUGCCUCAUCGCAACCGCAGCUUUGCUGGCUCCGGAGAAGCUGAAGUUAUUUGAGAGCGUGAGUUUGUCCCGCACGACGGUGUCCGGUCGAAUUAGCGACAUGGCGCAGGAUACGGAAACCUCCCUGAAAGACUCCGCAACCGAUUUCGCAUUCUACUCUCUGGCCAUCGACGAGACGACGGACAUCACGAACACGGCUCAGGUGGCCAUUUUUGUGCGAGGCACCAACGAAGCAUUCGAAGUCCGGGAGGACCUGCUGUCUCUGGCGGCUGUGCACGACACCACCAGUGGCGCGGAUAUCUUCGAGAAGGUCGUGGCGGCAGUGCGCAGGCUGCAGCUGUCAUUUGACAAACUCAGCGGCCUUAGUACGGAUGGCGCUUCGGUUAUGGUUGGACCCGAGGAGGGCUUGGUUGCCCUGGUCAAGAAGGAAAUCGAGUGUCUUGGCCGCGAUCCGAGCGAGUUGGUGGUGUACCACUGCAUCAUUCACCAGGAGGAUCUGUGCGCACAGUCCGUGCGCCUGAGCCACGUCAUGUCGACCGUGAUCUCCAGCAUCAAGUUCAUUAAAAACAGGGGUUUCAACAGCCCGUUAUUUAAAUCACUGUUGAAAGACCUCGAGUCGGAAUGCGGGGAUUUGGUCUAUUACUGCGAAGUCCGGUGGCUGAUCCGGGGAAGUGUGCUGAUGCGGUUUUACGAACUGAGGGAGGAAGUGAAACUUUUCAUGGAGACAAAGGGGCGGCCGGUGGCUGAGCUGAGUGACCCCGGCUGGCUAUGCGACCUGGCCUUCCUCGCUGACUUGACUCAGUAUUUGUCUGAGCUCAGUGCCUCCUUGCAAGGGCCUAACCAGCUCCUGCCAUCCCUUCUUUCAAAUGUCAGGCUGUUUGAAACCAAGUUAAAUCUCUUGCAACUGCAGCUGGAAGAGGGCAACACACUCUAUUUUCCAACACUUCAAGGACGAAACCCCGAAUCCACGACUGAAUAUGCCUGGGAGUGUGCUAAUCUCCUUCAGAUAUUUUGCGAACGCUUUCAAGACCUGGAGGAGAAGGAGUCAGAAUUGAACAUGUUUGCCACGCCAUUCAGCAUCGAUGUAGAUGAAGUGCCUGAACGCUUCCGUCAGGAGCUCACUGAUCUGCAAAACAAUGGCGAACUUAGAAUGCAGUUCGAGAACUUGGACCUACUGGAAUUCUACAGACUUUGCAUCGGGGCUGACGAAUUCCCACAGCUGAGGAGGCACGCGCUGAAAAUGGCAUCGCUGUUCGGAACGACUUACUGCUUCGAGCAGUUUUCGAAACUUUCUCUCACCAAGAAUUGCCGACGGGCCAGAUUAACAGGCACAAACUUAGAAAACCAGCUGCGUGUAGCAAUUUCGUCUGUGCCAGCUGAUAUAGCAGGGCUCACCAAGGAAAAGCAAGCCCAGGUCUCACACUAGAGACCGUGACUGAGGGGAGAAUAUUUUUUCCUUCUGUAACAGAAACUAAAUAAAAACUUAAAAGGUUAGCUGGAGCAGAUAUUACCCCCUUUAAUA